AACACCACCACAAUGGACCAGCUUGAGGAGAUUAUUAGAUCUGCCACACAGGCCGUGGAUGUACCUGGUGUGGUAUUGGCCGCAAGUAGCGCAACAGGUAAAUAUGAGAUCGUUCUUGAUGUUUUCUAGUCAAAAGCCAAAUGCGCUGACAGCUUACAGGCGGUCUUUAUUAUGAGAAGGCGUUUGGUGUCCGAUCUUUGAAGGAAGGUCAGACCCCAGAGCCCAUGACCGUCAACAACGUCUUCUACCUUGCAUCCUGCACAAAGGUUUUCACUGCUGUUGCUAUCAUGCAAUGCGUGGAGCAAGGUCUCUUUACUCUUGAUGAGGAUGUCACCCGUUUGCUGCCAGAGCUUGAGGACAUUGAGAUAUUGAGAGGAUUUGAUGAAGGAACUGGAAAGCCCAUCUUGGUCAAGGCAACAAAGUCAAUUACUCUUCGGUUUGUCCAUACUCUGAGAUGAUUUGUGCUUACAGCUGAUGGAUAUCAGACACUUGCUCUCCCACACUUCAGGCUUUCAUUACGACCAUCUCAACCCAGAUCUGGUUCGCUGGAGAAAGUCUCGCGGAGAACCUACAGGUCUCUUGAUCAAGUCUUUGCAUCAUCGCUGUCUCACACCACUUGUUUUUGAGCCAGGCGAGAAGUACCUUUACUCAAGUGAGAUAACCAAAUUUGUGCGGUGCCUGAAUGUUACAAGGGCUAAUUUCCGUAGCUGGAUUUGAAUGGGCCGGUUUCAUGGUUGAACGGUAUUUGCUUUAUAUCUACUCUUCGAGUAUCUGCUAAUUCGCGACUCCAGUGCAACAUCUCUGAACUUGGAGGAGUACAUGAAGGCAUUCAUUUGGAAAUCACUAGGUAUUACGAGCAUGACGUUCCAUCCGGAGAUGCACCCAGAAAUCAUGUCUUCACUUGCCGAUCUAAGCACUUGCGUGGGAGGAAAAAACAAGUUCGGUACAGUCAAGGAUCCGUUUGGUAAGAUCAUUUGGAAGAAAAACUUCUGGCAAUCAAAGGACAAUGACUAUUCUGGCGGUGCUGGACUAUUUGUAGGUUUUUGAUCUCAGGUUCCCCUUCGUUUUCAGUGCUCCUUUCGGUACGACAUGGAGAAGGUGACUCACUCUUGGUAACAGGGAAGAGCAACCGAAUUUAUCAAGCUAUUGCACAGCAUCACCGCCGGAGAUGGCAAGCUUCUCAAACAAGAGAGUAUCGAUGAGCUAUUCAGACCACAAAUGAGCGACUCUUCUCGAAAGCACUUGCAGGAGCUCACGAAGAUGAAAGGCUCAAAUGACAUGGCCUCAAUCUCAAUGCCUAUGGGAAGUCAGAUUAGCUUUGGAUUGGGUGGGGGAAUGAUUUGUUUGGAAGAUGUUGGAGGUCUUAGAGUUAGUCGGAGAGCUGGAACUAUGUUUUGGAAAGGAGUACCUAACCAUUAUUGGUGGGCUGAUAGAACCUCAGGCCUGUGUGGAGUUUAUGCCAGCUCGCUUGUGCCAACCACUGAUCUAGUUAGCAUUGCCUUGAACGAAACGUUCGAAUUGGCGAUGUAUAACAAAUUGAGCAGAGAGAGUAGAGUGCGUCUCUGA